AUGUUAGGAAACUUCAACCAAAUUCUUAAUCCUCACGAGCACUCCACAUAUGUUUCGCUGAAUGUAGACAGAAAAGUAAGAGAUUUCAGGAGCUGUCUUCUCGAUGCCGAGCUAUCUGACCUAGUCUUCAAAGGAAACACUUUCACUUGGUGGAACAAUAGCAAGACUAGACCGGUGUCCAAAAAGCUGGAUCGUAUUCUAGUAAAUGAAAGUUGGUGUGCACAUUUCCCUUCAUCAGUUGGUAUCUUUGGUGAACCAGAUUUUUCGGAUCACGCUUCAUGUGUUGUAGUUGUGGAGGAUUCUCACGAAAAAGUCAAAAGGCCUUUCAAGUUCUUCAACUUCCUCCGUCAAAACCCGGAUUUCAAACAUUUGGUUCGGGAUAGCUGGUAUUCCCUCAAUGUGACGGGUUCAGCUAUGUACAUAGUCUCAAGAAAACUCAAAGCUUUAAAGAAACCAAUCAAAGACUUCAGCAAGUGUAACUACUCGGAUCUGGAAAAGCGAACUAAAGAAGCACAUGAUCUAUUGCUGAGUUUCCAAUCCAUUACCCUUGCUGAUCCCUCUCAACCCAAUGCUGCGCAGGAAUUGGAAGCUGAGCGGAAAUGGCAUAUUCUCUCAGCUGCUGAGGAAAGUUUCUUUCUUCAGAAAUCCAGGGUAACCUGGUUUGCGGAGGGGGAUGGAAAUACAAGAUAUUUCCACAGAAUGGCCGAUUCAAGAUUCUCCAACAACGCCAUCUCCACCUUGUUUGACACGAAUGGCUGGAAAAUUGAAACUCAACAAGGUAUAUUGGACCACUGUGUCGAUUACUUCGCUUGUCUUCUUAGUGAAGAACCUGGUCCGUAUCUGUUGGAGCAAGAUGAAAUGAAUAUAUUAUUGUCUUACCGCUACUCCCAGAUUUAA